GAUGAAAGCUACUCCAGCUAGAGAACCAAGUUGGGGAGCAGAGGCGACGCAGGCAAAGUUGUCAUAUUAGGGUGAUUUAUCAAAAGAGCGGUUGAAAUAUUGAUAAAGGAAGGAGGGAGGUAAUCCAGGAAGAGAAAAGGAAGGGAGAGGGUCUGGGCACGAGAAAGGGGAGAAAGGAUGCUGUGUCGAGUUGUUCAAAAAAAAUAAAAUAAAUGAAACAUACCCUUAACCCUGAGGAUAUGUGAAAACUGCUGCAGUCUGCAACGAUUCUUAAGACAGGAAAGGAAACACACUUCCUUGUUGCUUCAAGUUGAUCUUGUUCUUAAGGAUAGAAGGGGGGGGAAAGCUAUCUUUUGCGAUGAUGUGGCUGCUGGACUAUUAGAUCUGGGGAAGAAUUUUUUAGUCGGUUUCUCCUUUGUCAUAGUGGAUCUGGAUUUCUAAAUCACCCAACUGGCUGAAGACGAAGUACACUCCAUAAGGCUCUUCCAGACAUCCAGUUGCAAACCAGGAUGUUCCAGACAGUCCCAGACACUUCGUCUUACGUCAAGGUAAGACAUGACACCAUCUUGAAGCAGGAGGCCCUCUCAGUGGUGAGUGAAGAUCAAUCACUCUUUGAUUCUACCUACGGAGCUGGUGCUCACCUUUCCAAAGCAGACAUGACAGCCUCAGGGAACCCGGAUUACGGUCAGCCACAUAAGAUCAACCCUUUACCUCCCCAGCAAGAGUGGAUCAAUCAGCCAGUCCGUGUCAAUGUUAAGAGAGAAUACGAUCAUGUGAAUGGAUCCAGAGAAUCUCCAGUGGAUUGCAGUGUUAGCAAAUGCAACAAACUCGUUGGUGCUGGUCCAGAAUCCAACCCUCUGAAUUACGGCACCUACAUAGAUGAGAAGAACGGACCUCCCCCUCCCAACAUGACCACCAAUGAAAGAAGAGUCAUUGUUCCAGCAGAUCCCACAUUAUGGAGUCAGGAUCAUGUGCGUCAGUGGCUAGACUGGGCUAUUAAAGAAUAUGGCUUAAUGGAGAUUGAUACCAACCUCUUCCAGAACAUGGACGGCAAAGAACUGUGCAAGAUGAACAAGGAGGAUUUCCUCCGGGUCACUUCCCUCUACAACACAGAAGUCCUGCUGUCUCAUCUCAGUUACCUCAGGGAAAGUAGUUCCUUGCUGUCUUACAACACACCAACCCACCCAGAUCCACCACCUCGUGUCAAUACCAAAGAAGAGAACUCCUAUGAUGCUGUUCGAAGAUCAGGAUGGGGUAAUAAUCUGAAUUCCAGCCACAAUAAAAGCCCUCCUCUAGGAGGGACACAAAAUGUAAGCAAAAAUGGAGAACAACAAAGACCCCAACCAGAUCCAUAUCAGAUCUUAGGGCCCACCAGUAGCCGUUUAGCCAAUCCAGGGAGUGGACAGAUCCAACUGUGGCAAUUCCUCCUUGAGUUGCUCUCAGACAGUUCCAAUGCGAGCUGCAUUACGUGGGAAGGAACCAAUGGGGAGUUCAAAAUGACCGACCCCGAUGAGGUGGCCAGGCGCUGGGGAGAACGCAAAAGUAAACCCAACAUGAAUUAUGACAAGUUGAGUCGAGCCCUCCGAUAUUACUAUGACAAGAACAUUAUGACCAAAGUGCACGGCAAGAGAUACGCUUACAAAUUUGACUUUCACGGCAUUGCGCAAGCACUUCAGCCUCACCCAACUGAAUCGUCAAUGUAUAAGUAUCCUUCGGAUCUCUCUUACAUGCCUUCCUACCACGCGCACCAGCAGAAAAUGAACUUCGUCCCUCCCCAUCCAUCCUCUAUGCCCGUCACUUCCUCUAGUUUCUUUGGGGCGGCCUCACCCUACUGGACUUCUCCGGCUGGAAGUAUUUAUCCAAAUCCCAACGUACCCCGCCAUGCUAAUUCCCACAUGUCCUCACACCUAGGCAGCUACUACUAAAUGCUUUUCAUCUUUGCUGAUGUUUCUCGUUUCGACUGGAUGUUUUCUUCCAUUUUUGGAAACUCUCGGGAGGGUUUUUUUUUUUAUAAAGUUGGGGAGAAAGCUUAAAAAAAAAAAACCCGGAUAUUAAUAUUGUUAUUUUUUAUUGUAAUUUUUAUUGGAAUAAACCUUUUUAUUUUUCUAACUCUGCUUCCAGAGGAGCAGAUGGGUUCUCCAGUGGGCCAGUAUCCUGCCUUUCCUUUUGGUUCAAAGCCUUUUUCUCAUUUAUAGGACCUGCUUCAACACUUGUGCUGUGAGUUAUCACUCAAGAACUGUAGACGAAGUAUUGUCAAGUCAAAAAGCUUUUUUUCAAAAAAGGAAGAUCAAAACCGAUGACUUUUAGAACAUGAAUGUUUCUUCCAAACUAAUGGGAAAUCAGUUUUGAGAUGUGCUGAAGAAAAUUCACAAAUUUUGAAGACUCGAUUUGCAGAUAAUCAACUGGAAAUUUAGCUUUAAGGCCAAUGAAGGCUUGGGGUUUCUUUUUUCACUCAACUGGAAAAAAAAAGAGAAUGAAAUAUAAAUAAAUAUGUAUAUUUUAAAGCAACUAAGGGCAUUGAAAGGACUUUACAAGAAUGUGCAUUAAGUCACAUGGUUUUGUUAAUAACUCUGGAAGCAUAAGGCACCAGGAAAAAAAAUAAAACAGGAAGGUAUAAUGCAUUGAGGACAGAUAUUCUUAAGAAUGCAAAAUGGAACUAAUAUAAAAUGACAGCAACUCCACCAGCUUCAACAAAGUUUGGGGAAUUGCAAAAUAAACAUUACCGAUUCACGAACGCUGUGCGUUUGUCAGUCUGCUACCGAAGAGGUCAACAAAGUCAGAGGGCAACUUACUGUAUAAAUUAUGCAGAGUUAUGUUUUUAACCUAUAUCUCACAGUAUUGAUGAAAACUGAAACGAGUUGACCUCGGUCACAAAUACAGUUGUGGUUGUUGUUGGGUUUUUUUUUUUACUAUCAAAUCCAUUUUUGUACAUCUUUUUUAAUCUGUACAUUUGGGUUACAGCUUUGUUUUGUUUUUAUUAUUAUUUUUUUUGUUUUGCUAAAAAAAAUAAAGUUAAAAAAAAAAGAAAGAAACACAUGGAAUGUGUCUGUUGGAAAACUAAGGACCCCAUUUGGAAACAAACUGACGGUUAUAUCCAAAAACUUGGAAUAAAGAUCUCUUACAAAGCUG